CCCCCCCUUUUAAAUGUUUUUGAUUAAUUUAUUUUCCCUUCUUCAAUGGCAUCAUUCUUCGUCUUCUCCAUUUUUUCUUUUUCUUCUCCCCUAUCCCAAGCCUUUCAUCGUUUUUUGUGACAUUUUCUUUAAAGCAAUUACAUAUUUCAACCACAUUCAAGUCAUAUAACUUUUUUUCAAGCUAUCAUGAAUAUAUGUGACCAUUAUUAUAUAGUUCAAAUAUUAUUUAGUCUCUUUUCUAUAAUUAGGGUUUACUUUUGACUGUCGAAAGUGUAUUGUAAAAAUAUACGUGUACGCAUUGAGUUCUGCUCCAUGCAUAUUCUUUUCCUUUUAUUCUCAUGCUCUUCAUCUUCUUUCUGUUAUCAUCUUUAGAAAUUAAGCAUUUCAACCAUAUUUCAUUGACAACCUAAUAAUCAUAGUUGUUCCCGACUGCAAUGUUCUGCAUAUACUACAUUUUGUUUGUGAAAUACAUUUUAUUCACCAUCCUGUCCUAAAAGUUAUUUCAUAGCUUUACUCUUAUAAAACAACAUUAAAGUGUAAUAAUCUCAUCAGCCCUAUUAAAUAGUGCGAGCGCGAAGCGCAAGAUAAAGAUUUUUUGAGUUUCAUGUAUUUUGACCUGAAAAUUGAAAAUUCAAUGUCCCAUAAACGUUAAACGUCAAUGGUCCCUGUGCUACAAAUAUUAAUGACUCGAAUUUUGUAUGCCUUUCUGUGUUCUAAUAUGUAUGAUUUAUAUGUUUUUGUCAAGUUUGUUUUUAUCACUUGUAUAUAUAUGUUUUGUUUUUAUGCUAUUAGGGCCCCUUUUGAUAUCAGUUUUUGCUGAAAGGGACCCUGUUGAAAUAUUGUUUAAUAAAUAAAUAAAAAUGUACACCCUAAUGCAGCCUCUAAUUACGUACAUGAAAAAUGUGUAGGCCUUUAUUAAAUUUAGGCAGCAAGACCAUUCCGUAGUAAUGUCCUGCAGUCUAUUCGAUAAUUAGAGUAUUACACUCAUCUACAUUUGAGAGGAAAGAAACCAUGAAUCAUGACCCCCCCCCCCCCCGCCGAGCAGCACGCUAGGGAUCGGGAGCGAGCGUAUCCGGGUUGAGCGAUUAACCAAUCAGGGUUAAACGCUCCGUGCACUGGUCAUUGAAACGUGACGGCCAUGCUGACGGCCCACCAAUCGUUGUAAAACGCUCAGUGAACAAAAGAAGUUAAUUGCCGAGUUUAUAAAUUGGAUCUUCCUAUUGGCUAAAUCGAUGGCCAAUUGGAGUGACCCUGACCCUCUGAGCAUCAAGUAUAAAUCCUUGAACCCGGUCAUAUGAGGUCAGUUAAUUUAACAUCUACAUGCGAUUAUUGACUUCACUGAGCUUGCUUUCCAAUCCGUUAUUCGAUUACUGCCCAUCGUCACCGACAAACUUCUCCGAAAUUCGAUUCGUUCCUUAAUUAGGCUUGACAAAGUUUUCAAAUUCGGUCAAAGUUUUGGUCCAACUAUGUCGUGGAACCAGAAGCAGAAGGUCCAAGCUCGCGACCCUGAUAGUGGUGUUUGGCUUGCAGCUGUUGUGCUGACUGUUGAUGAGGAAGCUGUCAAAGUAAAGUGGGUGAACUACAAAGGGAGGACGUCGUUUGUGGAUGUAUCGGAAGAGAUACGUCGGCCCAUUCUCCGUCGACAGGUUAGGGUUUCUCCGAUCCUUUGGCCUUCUGUGAAACCGGAAUUUCUGCAAGCAGGCGACAAGGUCGCACAGCUUAGUGUGGAUGGAAGGCGUGGUGAGGUCAUGACUAUUGAGACCAACGAUCCCUUCAAUGGGGUGAUGCUGACUUGCGAACAUCCUGGAAGGGAAUUUCGCUAUGAGCACCUUGCAGAGCCAGAAGAGGAUGAGGGUGAGCCCGAGGAUGUUCCAAUGGAGUUAGAGUCUGAGGUGGAGGAUCAGCAUGACAGUGAUGAUGAAGAGCAGGACUCUCUUCUUGAUGCAGCCAUUCUCACUCCAAUGGCACAGGCAACUCCCCAGGCAACACCACGCAGGGCACAGGCAACCCCACGCAGGGCACAGGCAACACCUCGCAGGGCACAGGCAACACCUCACAGGGCACAGACCACACCGCGUGCGACACAGGCCACACGCGGCAGACAGAGGGGAAGAACGGCUACACAUGUCAAGAAGAAGGUCGCGACACUACUGGACUUUGGUGAAGGUACGAUUUUUGACGAGGAAAUUCCGCCUCAGGAGCUGGAAGAGUUAACAGAAGAGAGGGCCCUGGCUGCAGUAGGGGACCUGGCAGAGCAAGUACAGGCUUUAGACAAGGCACCAAACUUCGACCUACCUGCCGGAAUGGGGGCCGACGUUCUACUGCAGCAGAAUAUAGAUCUUCUGGAAAGGAACGAGACGCUGAUUCAGGAGAAGGAGUCCCUUCUAGACAGAAUUAAUGGUCUAGAGACGAGGGUAUCAGCUAUAGAGGCCAAGAUCAGUCAGGAUACACCAGCAAUUGAGGUUACCCCACCUACCAUCCGCCAAACCGAUCCAACCACUCAACCAACACCUCAGCCAGCACCCCAACCAGCCAGAAGAAGUCCCCUCGCGCCGAUCCAAGCAAUGAAUCCAUCACGGGUAGCCGUGGAACUGUCAAAAGAACUCUUUACUACGGAUGAGAGGCUACACUGCUGUGUUAAUGGAAAGGGACGGGCACAGCUGGAUCCCCAGAGGGUUACGGUUCUGCGAAGACGGCUCUUCCUAUCCUGUCCCAUGCCCCGAUCUCAGCAAGAUGCUGCGUGGAAAGCUGCAGUAAAGGCCAUAGACGGACACACAAGGUACCUACGGUUAAAGGAGAAACGAGGACGCGAAAACCUGCCCCAGUGACGUCAUUAUUUUUGAUAUGCAUAAAGACUCAGGUUUUUUAACGGUCGGCUUUUCAAUUAUCAUUUUAUAACAUGAAUUGAUAAACAAAAAUUUUAAAGUUCUCAUUUCAAACUUUUUGAUUUGAUAGGGAGUUACUGUUAGAUUAUCAGGUAAUGUCAAGUAAAAUUCUAGGAACUUUAAGUUAUCUUGAACUUUUACAAUUCAUAAACUUUAUAAUCAAUCAUCUGUAUAUUGUUCAUAUAUACAUUUACUUAUUGUAAAUAAUUAUCAAGAUUAAUCUGGAGAUAAUGUAGGCUGAUUGAUCAUUGUGGCUCGAUCAAGCAUAUUUCAACUUUGUUAUUGGGAGGAUUGUACAUGUAGUUGCAGAUUUUAAGAAAGGGGAAAUUGUAGAGACAACAAAACCUACCCUAGUAUCUUCGUUUAUUCGAUUAUGCAUUUAGACGUAAGACUAAAAUCUUUUUAUCAUUUUUUUUUUCAGAUUUUCAAUUUUUAUUGUAUAUCAUGUCUUGAUUACAUAUUUGAUUUCUCAUUUCAAACUUUUUUUAUUUGGAGUUACUGUUACAUUGAAGUUACCUUAUUUUUAAACAUUUACAAUUCAGAAGCUUUAUAAUCAAUCAUCUGUAUAUUGUGAUAAUAAUUAUCAAGAUUAAUUUGGAUAAAUUUUGAAUUUCUCAUUUCAAACUUUUUUUUUAAUUUGACAAGGUGUUACUUUUACAUUAGCAGGUAAUGCAAAUUAAAAUUCUUGGAACUUGAACUUGAACUCUUACAAUAUUUCAUAAGCUUUGUGAUCAUCUGUAUAUUAAAUUACAUUCAUCUAUUAUGUAAAUAAUAAUUGAGAUUAAUUUGGAGAUUAUGUAGACUGAUUGAAUAUUGUGACUCGAUCAUGCAUAUUUCGACCUUGUAACAAGAAUCAUACGACUUGUAGUUGCAGAUUUUGAAUAAAUGUACAUACAUGGACAUGAGGCAAUAAAUUCACUUCAAAUAGGAUAAUUAUUGCAUUGGUUGGUUGAUUUUGUAGGCAGUAAUCAAUUGUGAUAUGGUAGUGAUUGUGAAAAUUAUGAAAAUUGUGAAAAUGAAUGUGAUUAAAAAUUUAAUUGUGGUGAGACAGUGAAGGCGAGAUGUUAAAUUCUGUAUACUGAACUCUUUACAUCGACUUCCAACAAACUUAAGUUGUAUUAGGGAUUCUUGUUUUGCUUGCUAAUUUUGAAAUGCAUUUUUAUUUGAUAUCAU